AUGUCUCAUCAAACAAUAGGUAUUGCCAUUAUCGCGGCUGUCUUUUUCAUCGUCCGUUAUCUCAAUCGUACAGAUACGCCAAAGAUUAAGAAUCUCCCUGAAAUCCCUGGAUAUCCUCUAUUCGGAAGUCUUUUAGAAUUUGGUAUCACUCAUGCAUUAGUAGCAAAAAGACUAGCUGAAAAGUAUGGUGCCGUUUUUCAAGUACGAUUUGGAAAUAAGCGAAUUGUAUUUGUGAAUACUUUCGAUUCAGUUCGUCACUUCUGGGUCACCAAUCAAUCAGCCUUGAUUUCACGUCCUACUCUUCAUACUUUUCACAGUGUGGUUUCUACUUCUCAAGGUUUCACCAUUGGUACUUCUCCAUGGGAUGAAUCUUGUAAACAAAGAAGAAAGGCUGCAGCUACUGCUUUGAAUCGACCAGCCACCCAAUCUUACAUGCCUAUCAUUGAUCUUGAGUCUAAAGUCUCUAUCAGAGAAUUACUCAAUGAUAGUAAGAAUGGACAGGUUGAUAUUGAUCCUAUAUCCUACUUUCAAAGAUUUGCUCUCAAUACUUCUUUGACAUUGAACUAUGGAUCAAGACUUCAUGAAAUUAGGGAUAAGGAUUUACUCGAGGAGAUUUGUCAUGUGGAAAGAGCCGUUAGUACUUUGAGAUCGACGAGUAAUAACUGGCAAGAUUACAUUCCAUUGUUAAGACUGUUACCCAAGUCGAAUACCGAGGCUAUUGAAUACAGAGAAAGGAGAGACAAGUACUUGAAUUUCUUGUUGAAUAAACUUAAAAAGCAAAUCGCCGAUGGUACUGACAAUCCUUGCAUCACUGGAAAUAUUAUCAAGGAUCCAGAUGCAAAGUUAAAUGAAAAUGAACUUAAAUCUAUCUGUCUAACUAUGGUUUCCGCUGGUCUUGAUACAGUUCCUGGUAACUUGAUCAUGGGUAUCGCAUAUCUUUCCUCUGAACAUGGUCAAGAAAUUCAAAAACGUGCAUAUGAAGAGAUCAUGAAAGUUUAUCCCGAUGGAGAUGCAUGGGAGAAAUGUCUUCUUGAGGAAAAAGUCCCAUAUGUCACCGCUUUUGUUCGAGAAGUCCUUCGAUUCUUCACAGUCAUCCCUAUUUGUCUACCAAGAACCAGUAUCAAAGACAUCGAAUACGAAGGAGCUAUUGUCCCAGCUGGCACAACCUUCUACAUGAACGCAUGGGCAGCCGACUACGACCCACAGCACUUCAAAGAACCCAAAACCUUCUCCGUCGAACGCUACCUCGACAACAUCGAAGGAGGCGGUACACCACAUUAUGCUUUUGGAGCCGGUUCCCGCAUGUGCGCCGGUUCGCAUCUCGCAAAUCGUGAACUCUACACUGCGUUUAUUAGAAUUAUUACAGCGUUUCGCAUUGUGGCUCCCAUGGAUCCAAAGGAUAAACCGAUCUUGGAUGCUUUGGGGUGUAAUGCAGUUAAAACUAGUUUGACGACGGAUCCGUAUCCGUUUAAAGUGGGGUUUAGGGUGAGGGAUCAGGAGGCUUUGGAGAGGUGGAUGAUGGAGGCGGAGGUGAGGACGAGGGAUUUACAGUGA